UAAGGCUAAGGAGGCGUAAUUUCCGGGGAGCAAGGGAGAAAAGCAUUUCCUGUGAGGCCUGCAUCUGGGCAUAGUCUCCCCUUGCCAAUAGGUCACAGUCGCAGCUGCCACUGCUGCUCUAGCUCCUCUGUAGUCCUGUCUGCCAGAGACUGAAGAGUAAACUACCAAACGGACACAGGCUAGUUAGCUAAUCAGGUGCUAAAUCAGCUAACUUGCAGAACAGCAGCAUUGCACCUUACUCUUGUGGGGUAGCAUUAUAAUGGUUGUAACGCAAACGCUGGCCAAUACGAAAAGGCUAGCAACAGUUAAAUGAAGAGCAGCUUGUUUUUUUGGGUUGUUUUAAUUAGCUAGGUCUAACGUUAGCUAACGCGGAAGGCACCCCCACAGAAUAAUAAAUGGUUAGCAGAACGCAACGGACAUAAUACUCAUUUUAAAAGGCAUUUCUUCCUGAGUAAAGGAUGUCUAAACGCCUGCGAAACAUUGAGCUCUGCGCGGAUUGCAAUGUUCCAGAACCUCGCUGGGCCUCAGUGAACAGGGGUGUGUUGAUUUGCGACGAGUGCUGCAGUGUUCAUCGAAGUCUGGGCAGACAUAGCUCCCAAGUCCGCCACCUGAUACACACACCAUGGCCACCUACGCAGCUACAGAUGGUUCAGAUGUUAUACAGCAAUGGUGCAAAUUCAAUAUGGGAGCACUCUCUUCUGGACCCUGCAUCUGUGAUGAGUGGAAAACGCAAGGCCAACCCUCAGGAUAAACUGCACCCAAACAAAUCAGAGUUUAUAAAAGCCAAAUAUCAAAUGCUGGCAUUUGUUCAUCGCAUGCCUUGCCGGGAGGACGACAGCUUGACAGCCAAGGAUUUAAGCAAGCAACUUCACUCAAGUGUACGCACCGGGAAUCUCGAGACUUGUUUGAGGUUGCUAUCCCUGGGAGCACAAGCAAAUUUUUUUCACCCGGAAAAAGGAAACACUCCCUUGCAUGUGGCUGCAAAGGCAGGACAAGUAUCUCAGGCUGAACUAUUAACUGUUUAUGGAGCAGAUCCUGGAGCCCCUGACAGCAAUGGCAAGACUCCCAUAGACCAUGCAAGGGAAGCUGGCCACCAUGACCUGGCAGAUAGAUUGGUGGAGAUUCAGUAUGAACUAACUGAUCGACUGGCGUUCUACCUGUGUGGGAGAAAGCCAGAUCAUAAAAACGGCCAGCACUUCAUUGUUCCACAAAUGGCCGACAGGAACAUCAGUUUAGAUUUAUCAGAACUGGCCAAGGCAGCGAAGAAGAAACUGCAGUCUCUUAGUAAUCAUUUAUUUGAGGAGCUGGCCAUGGAUGUGUACGAUGAGGUGGACAGACGAGAGACUGAUGCAGUUUGGUUGACUACACAGAAUCACAGCACUCUGGUGACAGAGACGACUGUGGUGCCUUUCCUUCCUGUGAAUCCCGAGUAUUCAUCAACACGAAACCAGGGACGACAGAAGCUGGCAAGAUUUAAUGCACAUGAAUUUGCAACUCUUGUGAUUGACAUAUUAAGCGAUGCUAAGCGCAGACAACAAGGGAAUUCAAUAGCCAGUCCCAAAGAUAAUGUUGAAAUUAUCCUGAAGAGCGUGGCUGUCAGGCAUUGCAGUGACAGCCAGGACAACGACCAGCCUGACUACGACAGUGUGGCGUCUGACGAGGAUACAGAUCAAGAGCUCCCCACAAGCAAAGGAGAUAGGACCAAGAGCCUGGACUCUGACCUCUCAGAUGGCCCCGUUACUGUGCAUGAAUACAUGGAGGUGAAAAACGCGCUCUCUGCCUCUGAGGCCAAGAUCCAGCACCUCAUGAAAGCCAACAACAGCCUGAGCGAUGAGCUGAGGCUGAUGCAGAAAAAGCUGCAAUCUCUGCAAAGCGAGAACACCUCUCUCAGGCGGCACGUCCCAACCAAUAUCUAUCAGAUCCCCAGCGGUUCAGACUACCCCGACCCCUCCAGUCCCUCAGCCCUGAAACGCCGGCAGUCUGCGCGGGCCAGUCGGCCCAUGUCUAUGUAUGAGACCGGCUCAGGCCUGAAGCCCUAUGUCCCUAAAGGGGAAACUCCCUACCCAGAGGAGGGUAUCCCCACCCUGCAACCCUUCCCACCUAAUACGGAAAGGGGCGCUUUUGUGACCACCUCUUCAUCCCUCCCCUCAUUUCCAUCCACCCUGUCUUGGUCGAAGGAUGAAAGUGCUCAAAAGGCCUCAAAGUUAGAGAUGCAAAGCAGCAUGCCGGAAAGUGACUAUGACAACACAUUCAAUGACUCUGAGAUGGAUGAUUCGGGUUUGUGCAGGAGAGGGAGGCUGAGGAGCAGUGGCUGGCUGGGGGAGAGCAGCUCUAUCCCGGAGCUGGAUGAUCUGGAGUCAGACCCCACGCUUCCCAGCACAGAAGACGUCAUCCGCAAAACAGAGCAGAUCACCAAGAAUAUCCAAGAGCUGUUGCGAGCUGCUCAGGAGAACAAACAUGACAGACCAUGUGAGCGGGAAGGUGUGCGACGGCUCAGGCACAGCCUGGGAUGUUUCAGCACUCUGGUGCCCUGGGCCGAGAAGGCCCCCCCUCCCCUUCAGCCGCUCAGCCUGCGCUCCCCUGACCCCACCUCCUGCUUCAUACCCUGUUCAGAAAGAAUACAUGUGGCUGUAACAGAAAUGGCUGCCCUCUUUCCCAAGAAGCCACGCUCAGAGACUGUAAGAGGCUCGUUGCGCUUGUUGACCUCCAGUGCGUAUCGGCUUCAGAGCGAGUGCAGGAAGGCGUUGCCUUCAGAGGGCUGCCCGGGACCGGACAUGCAGCUGGUCACCCAGCAGGUCAUCCAAUGUGCUUAUGACAUCGCCAAGGCAGCCAAGCAGCUUGUCACCAUCACUACAAAGGAGAAUACCAACUAACAGCACUUAUAGGGCUGCAAUGCAGUCAGCAUCUCAGUUUUGUUCUUUAAAAAAAAGAAAUGUUUUUUAAUUUUGUUAUUUUUUGUAUUUGGGGUAUAUGCAUGCAUUGUUUUUUUUAAUUUAUGGAUAAAUACUUAAAGCCAACUCUGAACAAAAGAGUGUAAAGUGGAAAAGGCAGCAACUUUACCUAGGAAUACCAAGCUAAUGUACAGUAAUAGCACAAUUUCUCUUCAGGUAAAUUAAUAACUUCCACAAAUCAUGUUAAUAAAAGCAGCAGCUAGCAGGACUGGGGACUGUAAUAGUUUAUAGAUUACAACUUGAGGAAAACUCGCUCUUAGCUACAAAUAACCUUUAAUCAGUCCAUAUUGUAAAUAGCUUUUAUUGAGAGAAGGAAUUAAGCACAGUACAGUAAAUCCACAUGAUGAUAUUGGUUAAUAUUAUUAGUCCAAAGCCAGGCAUGGAAGCUGAAAAACCAUACAUGAGUCAUGAAUCUGCUGUCAUGGAAUACGAUUGCUAGUAACUAAAGGAGCUUCCUCUCAUUAAUUGCACUGUGCAAGCAUCAUCAUACCGUAAAGUUUAAUCUCCAAAAUCAAACUGACCAUUAAAUGUUGGGAACUUCAUUUAUGCACACUUUGUAGCUAAUCAAUGCUAAUGUUUGUUGCAUCGAAAAAACUAUUUAUACGUUUUUUUUUCCCCUGUGUCUGCAGUGCACUUAUUGCGGCUAUUUAUGCGUGCCCAUUUGUCAAGUCAGUGAAUGAAAAUAACACUUUUUCAGGGGCCAAGUUGUAUUCUUCACCAGCACCAAAAUGUUGUUGUAUUAAGUACAAAUGGUGUGCUGUGUUUCUCCACACUGCACUGUAUUCUGCAGUCUUGUGUGCCAUUGCAGUGUUGGUGAUGUUACAAGAUAUUUAGAGCUAAUAGCCAUACUGUUUAUAUGUCCAUGUGUUUUGUGCUCUGUUCCGUUGCUGCUAGUUUCAUAUUUAAUGUGCAACAUAUGGGAUAGAAGUUUAGACGUCUCCUGUAUAAUUGUGCAACCCAACGUUCAUCCUCACCAAGUGUUUCAGAGUUCAUUUUGAAAUCUGAUCAAGGUAAUGUCCCUCUCUGUACUUGACCAGAGUGCAGGGAUGUAUGUGAUGCAGCUGUUAAGUUGCACUUUGGAAAAAUAAUUAUUUUCUAAAUAAACUUAAUUUAUAAAUAUA